AUGGAUAAACAAGAUGAAGAUAUUAUAAUGGAGGAAGAGGAGGAAGAUGAAGAAGUAGAGGAGGAAGAAGAAGAGCAAGAAGAAGAGGAGGAAGAAGAAGAGGAGAAAGAAGAAAUGGUUGAAGAUGAAGAAAUAGAGGAGCCUGAAGAAGAGGAAGAGGAAGAAGAAGAAAAAGUUGUAGAGGAAGAAGAGGAGGAAGAAGAGGAUGAGGAAGAGGAAGAAGAAAAAGUAGAGACUGAAGAACUUGAGGAAGAAAUGGAAGAGGAUAAAGAGGAAGAAGAAACUGAAGAGAAAGAUGAAGAAGAGCAAGAAGAAGAAGAGGAAGAGGAAGAGGAAGAGGAAGAAGAGGAAGAAGAAGAGGAAGAAGAGGAAGAAGAUGAAGAGAUUGAAGUAGAGAAACCAAUUGAAACAAACAAAAAAGAUAAAAAGAAAGAUACAGCAAAGAAAAAUACCACCACCACAACCACCACAACCACCAACCAAAAAGAUAAAGAAAAAGAAAAAGAAGAAAAGUUUAAAAAUAAAGAUAAAGAAAAGAAAAAAGAAGAAAAAGCUAAAAUAAAAAUCAAAGAAAAAGUGAAAGAAAAAGAAAAAGAAAAAGAGGACAAAGUGGAAAAAGAAAAAGAAGAUGAAACUAAAAAAACUAAUGGAAAUAAAAAUAAUAAUAAUAGUAGAAGAGUUUUAGAGAAUGGUACAAUUAUAUUUUGUGAAUGGAGAGAACAACAAUUUAUUAAAUGUGAUAUUAUUGAAAAGAGAGAAUCAGAAUUAAAGAAUGGAACCUAUGAUUAUUAUGUACAUUACCAUGAAUUCAAUCGUCGUUUAGAUGAAUGGGUGCAUGAAUCAAGAAUGGAUUUCAGUAGAGUUAUUGAAAAGAAACAACCAGUGAAUAGUAUAACAGCAAUUAAUUCACAUGGUGGUGGAGCUGGUGGAAGCGGUGGUGGUGGCGCCAAUGGUGAGAAUGGUAUUACUGGUGGCAAUAAGAAACAACCACCAAAAAGACCAUCUCAAAAAGGUUCAAUGGUAAUGGAUGACGAUUCAAAACUAUCAGAAUUGGAGAAAGAACAUGAAGAAAUUACUAAAGUGAAGAAUAUUAAUGUUAUAGAGUUGGGUCGUUAUGAAAUUGACACAUGGUAUUUCUCACCCUAUCCAGAGGAGUUUACAAAAACUGAUAAACUGUACCUCUGUGAGUUUUGUUUGAAAUAUAUGAAGAAAAAGACAUCUCUAAAACGACAUGCUUUGAAAUGUGAUUUGCGUCAUCCACCUGGUAAUGAAAUCUAUAGGUCUGGAAAUAUAUCAAUGUUUGAGGUUGACGGUAAACGUAACCGUAUCUAUUGUCAAAAUCUUGGAUUGUUAGCAAAACUAUUUCUAGAUCAUAAAACUUUAUACUAUGAUGUGGAACCUUUUCUCUUUUACAUUAUGACCGAAUAUGACGAACGUGGUUGCCAUAUGGUCGGCUAUUUCUCAAAGGAAAAGGAAUCACCUGAUGGUAAUAAUUUAGCUUGUAUUCUAACAUUACCACCCUACCAAAGAAAAGGUUUUGGCAAAUUAUUAAUUUCAUUCUCUUAUGAACUCUCAAAGAAGGAAGGUAAAGUUGGCACACCCGAAAAACCAUUAUCAGAUUUGGGUCUUCUCUCCUACAGAUCAUAUUGGACUCAAGUACUUUUGGAAAUCUUAAAAACUCAUAAAGGAAAUCUUUCAAUCACUGAUAUCUCCAAUAUUUCCGCCAUUAGAACUGAGGAUGUUAUCAGCACUCUACAAUCACUCAAUCUCAUAAGAUAUUGGAAAGGUCAACAUGUUAUUCAUAUCACUCCAAAAACACUAGAUGAUCACUUGAAAAUUUAUGCAAAACAAACUUCAAAAAUUGAUCCAAAAUGUAUUCAUUGGGUGCCUCCUAUUGUGAAUGUUAAAAAACAUCGUUAA